AUGCAUGGCAGGGGCCAUGUGGAAACAGUUGAAAAGGGGUUUUGUAAGGGGAAUGAAACGAACGAGGCCCUGCAUCUGGCGACACCAGAUGAGAUUGUCAUCUCGCGCCUGUGCUCACAUAUCCAGGCGGUAGAAAUGUGCGACAUACAUGACGAGUCGGCUCUUCCGAUCCUGGCUUGCAGAGGCUUCGUGAAGCGCUUUGAGGGCUCAGAGCUUGCCAAGAUGAGCGGGGCCGCCGCGCUUCUGAACCAGAGGAGGAAAGAAUCCAAAGCUGAGGGGGCAGCCAGCUCUGAUUCGAAGGAGCCCCAGGAGAAGCCACCGUGUCUUUACUGUGGCAGCCCGACGUUUGCCCUGCCUCGCCAGGCGUUUGACUCCCGCUUCUCAGACUACGACAAUAUGAUGAGGGAGUCUGUCCAUGAAGCUUACGAAAAGCUUGAACAGGGCCAUUUCACGGAUGAGGCGGACGAUGACGAAAACGACUCGGUGUUUACUUUAGGGACGGGCUUUGUGUGCCUCACUGGCCACAUUGUGCUUGGGAUGGCGGGAUACCCCAAGCUAGUUGAAAGCGUACUGCCGCAAUCUGGAGAGAGUCUGAAGCUUCAGCGUCCGCAAGCGGUGGACUUCUUGCUGAAAUUUGUGGUUGGGGGUGACACUCUGGAACGCGAGGAGGGGCACGAAUUCGUGCAAGGCUUGGGGUUAGAUCAGCUGAUUCAGAUUGAGGCCCGGCUUGCGCGACUGAAGAAAGUCUGGCCGGUGGAGGAGAAUAGGGAGUCUGAAAAGGAGAACGAGGGGCCUGCCGAUGCAAACCAGGCCAAAAAAGAUCCUGAGAAAUCCCUUGAGGACAAUGAGGAGAUUAGAUACAAAACUUUUGGAUACAUGUAUCUGAGAGGCGACUCUCUUGCGGGAAUUGUAGAUCUGCUAGGAGCAAGCGUGCCAGCCGAUCUCUUGAAAGCCUUGCAGGAUUUCGUUCUGACAGGGAGUACGAACCUUGCGGAGUGUGAGCGUUUGGUUUUAGAGGAGUUCGAAACCCAGAGGUGCAAGAAGGAGGAGGAUAAGGCCCGUAGGUUCAAAAGUGCUGCGGCAGAGGAGGCGUUGCGUGAGGCAGGUUUUAAGCACCCCUUUCUGGAUCUUCCAAGCAGCCUUUCGACUAUGCUGAAGGCUUUUGUAGAAACGGGUUUUCCAAGCCUUGCAGAGUACGAACGGCUGAUUUUGGAAGAGCGCGAAGUGCAUCAGCAGCAAGAGGAGCGGAAGAAAGUUUUGGAACUUAGAAAGAACACAGUCUAUCUGGCAUUGCAGCAGGCUGGCUUUACCCCCCCAAUGGUUCCGCACCCGCAGUCGCUGAGUGCUUACAUCGGGGAUUCCAGUGCAAUCACUUUGGAGGAGGUCGUUGCGCAGCAAAAGAGCGCGCAAGUGCAGAGCGUAAACGGAGUGGAGCUUGCUGCACCACGAACGAGUGCACAAGAGCAGAGCCACAAAUGCGCAGUGGUCACAGACGGCAAAGGCUGUAAGCAUCCGGCGGCUAAAGGGUGCUCCAAUGGAGGGUGCGGGCCUUGCUGUCGUAAAGCUGCGGAACCCUGCCGGUUAGGAAAGCACAGGAAGACCUAGGGUGAACUUCCUCAUUUGCGCAUCCUCUUGAUAAGGGAAUCCUCUAACCGUUUUUCAUCAAUUGACAGACCUGCCACAGGCUUCCCCUGAUCAAAGGAGUUAUCGUUUGGCCGAAAACUUGACGUACUCGGGCCCCGACUUAAGUCAAGUGAACGGUUCUAAUACCUCGAUUGAGAUGUAGACGGUAUGCCGAUCAAAAGCUGGUC